UGACAGUGGCAGGUGAUUCAGCUUCUCUCGAUGGAUGCUGAGCGGAGGAGGCGCGCGGGAGGGAGGGGCUGCUGUGUCUUCACAAAUUCUCGUAUUGUAACGAGCGCAAGGGGAUCAGGACGGAGCUAAACCAGAAUAUUCCACAGAUUAAACCCCUCAAGAACCCGUAAUGCAUCUUUUACAGUGUGUUUGUGUCCUGUCAUCUUUGACAACAUCGUUUUAAGGAAAAACAUUGCGAAUCAGACAUUUUGUGUAGCGUAUCUCCCGCGAGGCUCGCGAGCGCGUUUAGUUCCACAAACUGAAUACAAAACAGCUUCGGGGAAAGGAAGAGAUUGGCAUAACAGAAGGUAAGACGUUGGCAAACCAUCAUGGCAUGGCCCUGUAUCUCCAGAGCCUGCUGUAUGGCUCGGUUCUGGAACCAGCUGGACAAGGCCGACAUUGCGGUGCCGUUGGUUUUCACCAAGUACUCGGACGUGUCCGAAAUGCAGCAUCUUCACCUGCAGCAGCCUGCGCAGAAGGUCGCCAUAGAAACGCAGCCGCUUCACAACGACCACGACGCGGUGACCAAAGGACCUCCAGCCCGGGAUGAGAACAUCAGCGGAUCUGUGAUGCGCCAGGACUUUAAACACUGGAAUGUUCGCCCGGAGCCCAGCUGCAAGCCCAAGAACGAGUAUCAUGGCCCUGAGAUCCCUUUUAACAACGAGACCCAGUAUCAGAAGGACUACAAAGCCUGGCCUAUCCCAAAGAGGGGAGAUCAUCCUUGGAUCCCCAAGCCCUCUCCGACCAUCUCAGUGGGCAAUGACCGCAUCCCUGAUAGAUCCAAACACACAGAGAUGAUGGACACUGGGGUGGAAAAGAGUCAGAUUGCUGACAAGGUGCAAGAGAAGGAGAUCCUGUCUAGUGGAAGGAAAAAGAGGCAAGCCAAGAAAGUGACCAUGGCUUCUGAAAGCAAAGCUGACAUGAAGUUGGAUGGGCAGAGCAUAGGGGAUGCCACCACUACAGAGGGAAAAGGGAGGGCAGCUGUGGAUGCCCUCAACCGGCAGAUCAAAAAAGAAGUCACCUCUGGCAGCUCCUACAGGAAUGAGUUCAAAGCCUACACAGAUGUCAAAUCUGUGAAGGUCACCAGGGCCCAGUCUCAGUAUAAGAUUCCCGAUGAGAGAACUGCUCUGGAGACUAGCUACAGCGCCACCUACAGGGGCUAUCAGGCCAAUCUGCAGCCAGAUGACAACAAGGCCCUGGAGAGGAGGAGGAUACGCACACUGUACCAUGAACCUUAUAGAGAGAGCAGUAAGGUAGAGAAAACCAGUCUUCCUCGCUCUAAACCGAAAAAGAGCACCACCACAUCUGCCACACCUGGCAAACCGCUGAAGAAGUCCAAGGAGAAGCAGGCGACGUCUGUGCGCGGUUCGAAGAAGAAGAGCUCCGAGAACCAGCAGGAGAGCAGAGCGGCGCAGGGCGACAAGGAGAAAAGUAAAGAGAUCAACAACAAACUGGCUGAGGCGAAAGACGUCAUCUCAUCUCUUCUCUUCUCUGAUGACGUUUUUACUGGCAUGAAGACAGGACAACCUGUCAAUGACAUGAGAUCACAGCAAUAGCAAACAACAACCAUCCAAACAGUUCCCGAUGGACAAACUCAAGUCCCGCCCUACAUUUGUUCUUGUUCGAGAUGCUGUUUUACUCGGAUAUACGUCAAAGAAGAAAAGACUAUCACAACUUCCAUUUCAUGCCGACUAUAAUAAACGAGCCUGACAAGUGACGCAGUGGUUCUGUCACGUCUCUCCCAUUGAUAAUGAACUGUGAACUCACAGUUGCCACAUACCAUGUAAAAUAAAGGCAGUUGAAAUGUAUUAAAACUGUUUACCAUUAUUUAUGAAAAUAUUACAUAUUAUAAGUCAUUAUUAAAACCUGAAAUAUAUUAUAUACAGGCUUCAAAUCCAGUCAGUUGACGUGGAAAUUAACACAAAGUUCCAGAAUUUAAUAAAUGAAUGUAUUCAUUUCUUCAGUCUGGCUUUAGCAUACAGCCUCAUGUAGCCCAUUCUCUUCAGUGCUGUGCUCUGAAGCUGACUACGCCACAGGGUGAGGGCCUUUUCUUGUAUUUUGCAGCCUUUGGUGACUCAAUUACUGUGCUAAUAUAAUGUGGGAAUUAAGGGAUGGUAUCCUGGGGAGACAGAGGAGGAAAAGCUAGCGGGGUUGUACAUGUCCAGUGAGUGUGUGCGCGUGUGUGUGUGCUUAGCACAGGUGCUAUCUAUAGUCCAUGCAUACUGAAAAAGGAGAGAGAAAAAAAAAAACAAUGUUAUAUGAGAGGGCCUCAGAUUUAACUGUGAUGAUGUGAAUUGUGAUUUCUCUCUUGCUUGCUCAUAUUUAUUGAAAUUAAUAAAUGCAAACGCAGAAA